CCAUAUUGAGCCAAACUGCACCAGUUAAUUCGUCCGCUUGUUCUCGCGGGAGUGAGUCGUGUAAAAAAAAAAGGGCAGAGGCUUGCACAGCUCCAGCUAUGGCUCGCGCAGGGGCUCUAGUUUGUAAACAAUAUGGCGCAUCGCUGACUUAGCGAGCUACUUCGGUUUAGUAAUAUCUUGAAAACAUCGACAGCAAAAACAUCUAAUCACCUACAGACAACAUCAUUGACUUCACUGGCAGGCUCUCGGUCUAUGGGCUCUCAGUCUAGUUCUGGGAUGUCCGGCGGCCAGGGCUCCAGCGGCAACCCUGACCAGUCUGAAGCAGAUUCCAACCGCAGCAGCAAUAGUAACAGCAGAGGCCGCAGGUCGGUUGACAGGCUGACAGCAGCAGAGGAGGACGUUGAUUUAGCCCAAGUACUGGCUUACCUAUUGAGGAGGGGCCAGGUGAGGCUGGUCCAUGGGAGUGGAGCAACAGGGUUGCAGCUCGUCCAGUCGUACUCGGACUCUGACGAGGACAGCGAUGGGGCCUGGGAGGGGCGCCUAGGGGAUCGCUACAACCCUCCUGUGGACUCCCAGCCAGACACUCAGGAGUUGGACCGGAGUGAGAUCCGAACUGAGAUUCUGCUGGCCACUGCCUCGUCCGGCCUGAAUGGCAAGCAAAGUUUCACCCACAUGCUGACAGAGAGGGAACAAGGCCGGUGUAGAGGCUCCAGCUUUUCUCAUGGAGAGUGCAGUCGCAUUCGCUCUCAUUUUCUGCCCAAUCACGUGGCACACAAAGAUACAUACCAGCAGAAAGCGUUCUGCGGUGUGUACAGCGAUGACGGCAACAUGUUCCUGUCGGCCUGCCAAGACCAGAACAUUCGUCUGUAUGACACAAGUAGGGGGCGCUUCAAUCUAAAGCGCACCGUGAAGGCCAGGGACGUUGGCUGGAGUGUGCUGGACGUCUGCUUCACCCCUGACUCUCAGAAUGUACUCUACUCCAGCUGGUCUGACUACAUUCAUGUCUGCAGCGUAGAUGGAGAUAGUGAAACCCACACCGCCUUGGACCUCAACCCCGAUGAGAGGAGGUUCUGUGUCUUUUCCCUGGCUGCGUCCACAGAUGGGAAAGAGAUACUGGGAGGAGCAAAUGAUGGAUGCCUCUAUGUGUUCGACCGUGAACAGAAUAAGAGAACAUUAAAGAUUGAUGCUCACGAGGAUGACGUGAACGCGGUGGCGUUUGCCGACAGCUCGUCCCAGCUGUUGUUCUCGGGGAGUGACGAUGCGCUCUGCAAAGUGUGGGACAGACGGACACUACGAGAGGACAGACCCCAGCCUGUGGGCCAGCUGUCUGGGCACAGGGACGGCAUCACCUUCAUACACAGCAAGGGCGAUGCACGUUACCUGAUUAGCAACUCCAAGGACCAGUCCAUUAAGCUGUGGGAUGUGAGGAAGUUCUCGCCCAAGGAGGGUCUGGCUGCCUCGCGUAUGGCCGUCACCCAGCAGAACUGGGACUACCGCUGGCAGCAGGUGCCCCAGAGAGCCCUGAAGAGACACAAGCUUACAGGCGACACCUCGGUGAUGACCUACAGGGGUCACGGUGUUCUGCACACACUCAUACGCUGUCGCUUCUCCCCGGAGUUCACCACUGGACAGAGGUUCAUCUACACUGGCUGUUCCACUGGGAAGGUCAUUGUCUAUGACGUGCUGACGGGCAGCGUGGUGACCAGACUCUCCGACCACGACGCGUGUGUCAGGGAUGUCAGCUGGCAUCCUUUCCAGGACAGCGUCAUCAGCAGCUCCUGGGACGGAGCGGUGCGUGUCUGGGAGCACAGGCAGACCCACCCGCUGGACGAGGAGAGGGAGAGGGACUGGGGGCUGGACACCGGCGAGGGAAAGAAGAACGUGAAGGGAUGAUGUCAUAGCUGUGAGAACGCCUGACGUGUCAGUCAGUGAUAUGCUUUUAGAAGAGGCGGGGACUCCAAACAGAGAUGUGGAGAGAGAGAGAGAGAACAAGCUUGCUGAGCGAACCGUGAAAUCUUGUCCAUUCAGUGCUGGAUAACCAUAAUUAUAGUGUGAUUGUGAAGUGUUAAUUUCCCAAUUCUACCUUCUUGCAGAAGCCAUUUUUUCUCUCCUUUCGCCAAUCUGCAGAGAAGGACAUCAUUCUGAUGAGCCAUUCGAGGCAUUGUCUUGGGACAGAUGAUGUUACUCUUGCUAGGCUAGUUCCUGGAAUUUGAGUGCAUACUGAUGUUAAGGACAAUUGACGUCUCAGGCAAAAAAA